AUGUAUAAUGUUUUUCUGGGCGACCAAACAUUACUGCGUUUGCUUUAUGAAACUAAGAUAUGCCAAUAUGGAGAUUUGGUGGAAAACACGGCCAUUACCUUCUAUGUUUUGUACACGAUGUGGAAGAUUUCUUUCGACCUGAGCGGUUCUACGCAACACGUUCAGCAGAUCAUGGAAAUUGAUGUGGCCCUCGAAAGACUGGGAGAGACGGUCGACUAUUCCCGGAGCGCAGUCAUGACGUUGCUUAUUCCAAUAUUCCAAAUCGGCGUUUGUUCCGUUCGGAUAUUGAUCGUAUGGAUUUCAACGAGUGGUAGAAUAGAAUCGAUUCCGUACAGCAAACUCUUUCAGAUCGUUUUCUCUGAUUCUCUAUCAUUCACCGUGAUGAAUCAUUUUUGUAUAUAUCUUUACGCUUUAUACCACCGAUACCGACGUCUCAACACUGUACUAAUUAAGUUGCAAUCUAGCACUUUUCGAGAUUGUUUUGUUCGCAGCAAGAAAUGUCUCAGCCUUGCACCUAGAACGCAAGAUAGAGACGCGUGCGCAAGAAUCAAUUCAUGUGGAAAACUAUACAGCAUGCUCUUCAAGGCUACAGAGACUGUAAACGAUAAAUUCGGUUUGGCAUUGCUUCUGACCAUGUUUGUGUGGCUCGUAUUAAUUGUUCUGUAUUUGUAUUACUUCAUGGAAGCCACUGCUGGUGGUUUGUUCCACGAUGUGCAGAGGUAUAUUAACUUGUUGAUGUAUAUCUCGUGGCAGGUUAUAUUCUCUGUGGGGAUCAUAUCUUCGGCCAUUUACUGCUGUGAAAAGAUUGUUAAGGAGGCAAAGUUCACGUCGUACGUGGUGCACACGAUAAUAAAUUAUAAUUCGGAUGUUUACGCUGUUAAAGAAGCGGCACUCAAUCUCUCGAUGCAAAUAGUCCACCAGACUCCGAAGUUCACUGCGCGGGGAUUAUUUCCGGUUGAAUACGUCUUAUUGUUGGAGAAUUUGAAUGCCAUCUACGAUAAAUCAGCUUCACUGUUCCCUUAG